AUGGCCGCCAAGGAGCUCGACAUCGCCAAGGACCUCGACCUCACCCUCGCCCUCGUCCGCAAGUGCCGCCACAUCAGCGUUCUCCGCCAGGUCUUCUCCAUCACCACCACCGCCGACUUUCGCAAAGUCUCCGCCCUCCUCGAGUCCUCCAUUGGCAACAUGAAGUGGCUCCUCUCCGUCUUCAAGUCCGACGGCGCCAACCUCUCCCUGCCGUCGAUUGCCAGCAACGACCCCAUUCUCAGAGCUUCCCUCGACGUUGUGGCUCCUUGGCGGCGGGAAGAGGCACGGCGUGCUAGAGGGUGGUGGCAGAGGUCUCGUGAUGCCCAGGGGACAGCGGUGAGGCACGGCUGCUUGGAGAUCGACGAUCGGCGCGAGGCAAAGGGUCGGGGAACGAGAGAAGCUCGCGGGGUUGCCUGCGGGGAAGCUCGCGGGGUCGUUGAGCGUGGCGGUGAGGACCACGUCGCUCCGGCUGAGGAGAUCAUCGGAGACAGUGAUCGUAACAAGAAGAUCGUCGUCGACGAGGGCGGAGUCACGCCGCUGUUGAAGCUUCCCAAGGAGGCGACAGUGGUGAAGCUGGUGGCAGAAAUGGCGGAGCUUGAUCUGAUUGCGCAAGAGUUUUCUAGAGAAAAUGUGACUAGGCCGUUGGUGUCGUUGUUGGCUAUGGAGACGGUUUUGGAUGAGCCAAAAGGAGAAAGUGGGAAAGAGAGGGAGAGAGAGGUUGAGAGUGCUGAGGUGAUGCUUCAUGUUAAGGUUGGUUGUGUUGAGAUUGUCGAGAAGGAGAGUGGGGAUUUGCAGCUGAAUUGCUUGAUGAAUGUGAUGGAGAUAACUACAGUGGCUGAGUCCAAUGCUGAACUUAGAAGAUCCACAAUGAAUCAGUCCUUUUUUGUUAAAUAG